AUGGAGCUGGUGGAACCACUCUUGCUGACCAUAUCCAACGUAAAGGAGUUGGUUCAGAGUCAUGCCGAAAUAUCCAACGAAGUAUCGGAUCUCGGGGAGACUAUUCUCCUGAUAGAAACAGCUAUUCGACCUCUGGGCUCCUCUGGAAACGACGAUCCGCACCUCAAGGAUGUGCUUAGAGCCCUGCAACUCAGCAUGGUCAAUGCCAAGACUGCCUUGGAGAAGGUGGCCACGGCCACGACCAUCUCGCAGCGAGUUAUGUCAUGGUUUCGAUCAAGCACCGAUCUGUCAGAGCUCAAGAGCCACCAGGAGAAGCUCAAGACACUCUGCCCGAUCCUUUCGCUUGCCAUCACCACCAGUCAACAGAACAAGAACAAGGGUGGAGCCGGUGCGGACCAAGAGUUCAAUGCAAUGCGACUAGUGAAGAACGAGGAAACCAAGCGCUUUUGGGCGCACCACUUUGGACCGAAGACUUUCAAGGUAACAUGGGACCAGUUCCGGGCAGCUUUCGAACACGAGUUUGAAGCACAACGAGACUCUAAUAUUGAACUGCUGCGACAGCGAUUGGACCGAAAUAACGACGGGGAUGUAGAUAUUUACGAGCUGGCCACCUUCACCGGCCAACUGAGCGUGCUAGAUAGCUAUCAGCAGCUUGUGGAACAGCACGGACAACGGCGACAGCAGCAACAACAACAGCAACAAACGCAGCGAGUAAAACGACCAGCCCCUCGAGGCGACGAACAGGAGCGUCGUGCUUCGGAGAAGGAGCCGGUCAACAGGAAGCCCAGAACUGAAGAUCUCGAUAAGAGCGUAUGCGAAUCCGUACUCGAGGCGCUAAACCUGCUCGGCACGUUCGGUUCAGGCAACGGCACGUUCAUCAACGGCAAGCGGCUGACCAAGAGCAAGAAAAUGCUGCUUCACAGCGGAGACCAAAUCGGCAUCGUGACGGACAAGGAGCGCCUCCUGUGUAUCAUGCAACGGCACCGACGACAGUCAGGAGCUGCGCUCUUCCCCGUCAUCUUCAUGUUCGCCACCGUCGUUGGCCUCGCCCUCUUCACCCUCCUCCUGUUCCUCUCCUUCUCCAACCUCGUCCUCUUCGUCUUCAGCAUCACCAUCCUGCGGGACCAACCCCAUCGACAGGUGGCGGGCACCGGCCCUGUGGGCAUCACCUCCACCUCCGCCUUCUCCGCCGUGCUCGCCAGCUCGCUCCAGCAGCUGACCAACAACGACAACGAUUCGUGA